GGUAAUCAAGAUCUCCAAUGCGAUCCACCCUUCCUCUACAAACACAUUCUCUCUCUUACUGGUGAUUUCGCCGAGUUUGAACGAAAGACUAUUUUGUCGCGGCCGUCAGGGAAUUUGGAUAGUCCAGAAGGAGGGCUGGAUGCUCUCCUCCAGGUUGCCCGAUGUCCUGAAUACAUCGGCUGGCGAAAAAAUGCCCGUAAAAUAGUCCUCUUUGCAACUGAUGGUGGUUUUCAUUUGGCUGGAGAUGGUCGUCUCGCAGGUUUGAUCAAACCACCGCCCAAGACGUGUCAGCUCACUUUCGAAUCGGACAGAUUCAACAAGUCAUUGAAGUAUCUCGGAUGGCACAACUCUGUGGAAACAGAUUAUCCCAGUGUUGGAGAGGUAUUGUUGGUUGAGCUGGAAGAGUUUGAAUUAGGUUUUUUGAUCCUGCUGAACCGAUAUGACCGUUUCUUGGAUUUACUUUAUCAGUAUUUUUACCGUUUGUAG